UGCAGUCCUUCCACAAAGAUGGAAGCAGAGCUGCGCCUUGUGUCGCAUUUAAUCAGCAGCUCCAGAGCUUUGUGAAUUACGCACGGGAGGACAGAAGCGCGGAGGUGAAUAUUCAGUAGUGCACUCAGGACUCGUUGAGUGCGUAAUACGGAGAUUCCGGGAACCCCCAGUCUAUGAGGACACGCUUGGCUUUUCCUAAUGAACAGCUCAUCUUCAUUUUGAUUCGUUUGUGCUUAUGGUUUAUAUUCGCGCACACUUCUUAUUCAUGGGAGCUCGUACUGUUAGGAAUUCAUGCUGAGUUUUGUCUUAAUGCAUGUAAAUGGUUAAUGUUUUAGAUCUGAUCUGAUCAUCUGAAUUUUCCACCAUUCGUGUAAAGCAUUACAAGGAAGACAUGGAAGUUUGCAAAGGACGUUUGCUGGGCAUCUCGGUGGCCGUCGCGCAUGGAUUCUUUUCAGGAUCGCUCAAUAUUUUGUUAAAAUUCCUCAUCACGACCUAUAGCUUCACAUAUCUCACUUUAAUUCAGUGCCUGACCAGUGGCACUGCGGCGCUCACAUUAGAGGUGUUGAGGAGACUGGGCAAAAUAGACAUUCCACCUUUCAGCUUUCAUUUAGUGAAAGUUUUCGCGAGUGUCUGCAUUUUGGCAACUUUGCAGUCCACGUUAACCCUCUGGUCUCUGAAAGGACUGAGUUUGCCCAUGUAUGUUGUGUUCAAGCGAUGCUUGCCCUUGGUGACGCUAGGAAUUGGAGUGUGUGUUCUGAAGAAUGGGAUCCCAUCAGCUGGGGUUAUAGCAGCAGUUCUCAUCACCACUGGAGGAGCUGUAUUGGCUGGUGCUGGGGAUCUCACAGGUGACCCUUUUGGCUACGUGACUGGUGUUUUAGCUGUGAUUGUCCACGCCUCCUACCUGGUGCUCAUCCAGAAAGCAAGUGCAGACAGCGAUUAUGGCCCACUCACAGCCCAGUAUACCAUUGCCGUAGUGGCCUCUCCUGUUCUAUUCAUCUGUUCCAUUGUUAGCAUGGAUGCCAUUGAUAUGUGGACCUAUGAAGGUUGGAAGAACCCUUUUAUCACAGGUAUCUUCUGUGCUUGCAUCCUCAUCGGCUGUGCAAUGAACUUUACCACACUGCAUUGCACCUAUAUCAACUCUGCCGUGACCACCAGCUUUGUAGGUGUGGUAAAGAGUAUAGCCACCAUCACGGUUGGCAUGCUGGCCUUUAGUGAUGUCACACCAACCAAACUGUUUGUGGCAGGCGUAGUGGUUAACACAAUCGGGUCCAUCACAUACUGUGUGGUGAAGUACCAUGAAACUCAAAAGAAGGUGACCUACCAAGAUAUGGAUGAGGCCACCAAGGAUGAAGAAUUUCCAGGGGAACCUUAUGUGGAACCAGACAAGCCUGAUGGAGAUACGGAAACUCUUCCGAACAAUCCUGACAGUGUUCCUAAUGGCAGCCUGACUGCAUCAGUUGAUGGUGAUGACCAGGGUCCCAUUCGUGAGAAUAAAGUUGCAGAAUCCAUACAACUAGAAAGACCAGCGGUCCAAUCAGAUGGGGAGCCUACGAGACAGUCUCUAAGCGACAGUUAUGUAGGGGUCUGGAGAUCCAUUCGCACCUUGAAGUUACUUAAGAAAGACACUUUACUUGACAAUAUGGAGGUUCAAAGUCCUUGAUGAUUGCUUGCCCGCCUGAAAUGCAUGUUAAAUAUAAGUAUUAUUAAAAACUGAUGGUGUGAACAAUGUUUGCCUUUUUCUCUCCUGAACAUAGUUUUAUGAAUCACAUUUUUUUUAAAGAGGUAUAGUCUGUUUAUUCAUUGAGUAAUACAACAUAGCAUUUUGGAGAUUAUGCUCUAAACUAAAGUAUACGACAUUGAAGAAUCCCCAAUAACAAAUGUGCCAAUGUUUUGACUUAAAAAAAUAAUAUAAAGGAUCAUCUGAUUUUCAUAACUUUCCUCACCAAAUGUAGAAAAUCAGUUUGAAAUGACUUUGGAAAAAAUCAAGAGACAGUACAAAUAUAAAUAUCUUAAUUUAAUUGGAUUGCUUUUAAUUUUGAAUGAUUAUUUUGGUUUAUAUGUACGUGAUGUCUGUGCCUGUAAAUUCUGUGUUUUCUCUAUGAAUGCAUUUCUUGAACAGGAGGCAGUGAAUUUUCCCAUUUGCAUGUUGUAUGCAAUAUUAAUUGCAAAGGAUUUUGUAUCUAAAUUAUGAUCUUUGUGUAUCUUUAAUAAUGUGUAUAAUACAUUCAACCCACCAAAAUUUUGAUAAAACUGCAAUCAUUUAAAAAAAAAAAAAAAAAAAAACAUUUGACUAACAAAUAGAUGUCCAUGAUACGGUUUGAUUACAAAACAAUGUACUGUAGAUCUGAAAGCUACAUUUGGAGCAAAAUGACAGCAGGUUAUACAAUGUGAAUUCAAUAUCUUUAGAGCUUGUAUUGGCUGACUACCAAAUUGAAUGUUUUCUCAUUCCAUUACAAUGCAUUUCACUUGUUUAUUUAUUUAUUUAUUUCAGCAAAAGCAGGCCACCAUCACCACCAGUAGGGAUUGCUAGACUACUGAAGAUGGUAAAACUAUAAAGCUAUAGUUUUAUACAAACAUUUCUACAAAAUGAAUGCAAAAUAUUUACAAUUCUGCACAUGCAGGGUAAGUUUCUACACUAAAAAAACAUGACAUUUCACUAUUGUCAGUUUUACUUAAUGCUCUCAUGUUCAUAUUACUCAAACAAUUAAUGUAACCAUGAGAAUUUUACAUUAACUGAGUUGAUUCAACAACAAAAAAGUGUAUUGUUAGCUUUUCAUAAUCUAUUUGCAUUGGGACAACAUGCAUAUUUUUUCUUUGGUUAACAGAAACUGGGCAGAGGAUUACUAGUACCCAACAUGGUUUUCAUGGGACUCAACAGGGAGAAUAAAUGUUCAAAAUAAAUGUUAUUUUAUGUGUCUUUGUGUAAGCUGAAUAUAAAGGGAGACCUGUUAGUGUUUAAUGUUUUGUUAUGUUGAGAUUUAGAAGAAUUUCUGUAAUGUUGUCGUUUUGGGGUUACCAUCAUGGUGAAGAGUUGAGGUUGAGCCUAGGGUGAGGACCAAGGCUUUUAUCAUAUUCUGUAUAUUAUUUUAUC